CGGCCACAUCUCCGAUUGGAAACAAGUGGAUCUCUGUGGAUAAGACCACCGGGCAGCCAUGGAAGAACUUACGGCUUUUGUAUCCAAAUCUUUUGACCAGAAAAGCAAAGAGAGCAGCAGCAGCAGUGGCAGCGGCAACAAGAAGGAGACCAUCACGUACAGGGAAGUUUUGGAGAGUGGGUUGGCUCGCUCUAGGGAGCUUGGAAACUCUGAUUCUAACCUGCAGGACAUGACCGAGAGCAGCAACCAUUGCCCGGUGCAUCUUUUCAAAGACCACGUAGAGAGCGACAAGGACAAACUGAAGGAGUUCAACGCGGGCAGGACAGCGGAAGGGAUCUACGAAUGCAAAGAGAAGAGGGAAGAUGUGAAGUCAGAAGAUGAAGACGGACAGACCAAGCUUAAACAAAGGAGAAGCAGAACCAAUUUCACACUAGAGCAGCUGAACGAGCUGGAAAGACUUUUUGAUGAGACUCACUAUCCGGAUGCCUUCAUGAGGGAGGAACUAAGCCAGAGGCUGGGACUAUCUGAAGCUAGGGUUCAGGUCUGGUUUCAGAACAGGAGAGCAAAGUGCCGAAAACAGGAAAACCAGAUGCACAAAGGUGUGAUCUUGGGAACCGCCAGCCAUUUAGACGCCUGCAGAGUAGCCCCCUAUGUGAAUAUGGGAGCCCUGAGGAUGCCUUUCCAACAGGUCCAGGCGCAGCUGCAGCUGGAGGGCGUGGCCCACGCGCACCCGCACCUGCACCCGCACCUGGCGGCCCACGCGCCCUACCUGAUGUUCCCGCCGCCGCCCUUCGGGCUGCCCAUCGCCUCCCUGGCGGAGUCCGCCUCCGCCGCCGCCGUGGUGGCCGCCGCCGCCAAGAGCAACAGCAAGAACUCCAGCAUCGCCGACCUGCGGCUGAAGGCCCGGAAGCACGCCGAGGCCCUGGGGCUCUGACACGCUUCCCCCGAGCCCCCCAUCACACCCCGCCCCGGGUGCCCGCGGCGGGCGGGCGUGUGACCCGCACGGACCGCCGCUCUGCCCCUCCGCUCCUCCUCAUCCUCCUCCUCCCUGGCUGCAGGGCGCGCAGCGAGCGCUCCGGCCGCCCUGCCGCCUUAUCUCUUUUUUAUUUUAUUUUAUUUUAUUUUGGUUUUGUUUUUUUUCUUUCCCCUUCCCCGAGGUCCGCGAGCGCCACUUUGCUCGCCCGCUCGGCCCCAGGGACUCGGCGGCCGCGAGGUGCCGCGUGGCGCGGUGGGGACGCUCCGCCCGCCGUGGGCCCCCGGACACAACACACGCGAGCAGCAAACACGCACCCGCCCGCCAGAGACUCCUCGGAGGACAAAGUAGGUGGGAGGAGAGAGAAAAGAGAGUUUAAAAAAAUCACAAAAAGAGAAAAAAAAAAAAAAAAAAAGAAAGGAAACGAUCUCUAAAUUAUGUUAAUCUGUGAACAUUGGGACACUUUGGAUUUUUGACCCUGGCAAAAGUGAUCGCUCCGGCAUAACGUCAUCUGCUGCUGUCAGUUUUGCUACCUUGUGCAUGUGUCAAACUAAACACGUUUUGAAGAUCAGAAAUAUAUUAGAACAAAACUAAACAAAACAAA